AGCAGGCGCGUGUAUCGGCCUAUCGUGCUGCAAAAGAAUAAAUAAAUAAAUAUAAGUGAUAUUAUAACAGAAAAUUGGGAAGUACGGCAGGAGGAAAACGCCGGUAACAAUAUUUAAGUGCCGCCGGUUAGGUGUAGUUCUUUGUUCAGUCGCAGCCACAGCCAAACGCCAGCGAGAUGGGGCGCCGCUCCAUUAACACCACCAAGAGUGGGAAGUACAUGAAUCCCACGGACCAGGCGCGCAAGGAGGCCCGCAAGAAGGAGCUCAAGAAGAACAAGAAACAGCGCCAAAUGGUGCGGGCCGCCGUCCUGAAGAACAAGGAUCCCUCACAGAUACUCGAGGAGAUGGAGAAGAUCGACGAGAUGGAGUACAACGUUCUGCAACCAUCGCCGCUGAACGAGAAGGUGCUGCGCGACAAGCGAAAAAAGCUGAAGGAGACCUUCGACCGCGUAAUGCGACUCUAUCACAACGACGAGCCAGAGCACUGGGCGGACCUCAAGCGCAAGGAGGUGGAGUACGAGAAGAAGCGUCUAAAGAAGCAGCAGUACUACGAAAGCGUUAAGCACGCCCAGAGCGUCCAGAUUGACGAGAUUCCGCUGCCGGCUCCGGUGUCUGCCAUGCCAGGCGGACCUGCUGGAUCCACUGGCGGUUCGGUGGUUGCCGGAUUCGGGGCAUCCGUUGGCAUACGCCUUCCUCCACCGCCCAUGACAAUGGCCUUGCCGCCCUAUGCGCCAGGUGCUCCGCCAGGCGUGGCCAAGAACAGCGAUUCAGCUGCCAGCGAGGCGCAAGUGGAGAAAUCGAAGGAGGACGAGGAAAAGGAUUGGCUGGGCGUCCCGCCGGGACCACCGCCAGAUCUGUUUGCCUUGUCCGAACUCGAUUCCGAUGCUGAGGGCAAUACAGACUACGAUGGCGAGGGCGAGGAGGACGAGCAGGAGUCGUUGAAGAAGGGCAAGGACAAGGACAAUGAGGCCGCCGAGCCAAAUAACCAAAAUAUCGACGACUUCAUGAAGGAAAUGGAGCAUGUGCACAAGCGUAAACACCGAAAGUUGGCGGCCAAAGACAACGAGGCCGACAAACAGCGGGAGGAGGACGAAGGGGAUGAUUUGGACAAGCGCCAGGAACGAGCAUCUAGCUCCGAUCGGAAAUCCGCCAGCAGUACCGACAGUGAGGACGACGAUGACCCAGAGGAGGAUGAAGAGAUGCCCGAAGUGCCAACCAAGCCACCACCAGUAAAAUCAACCAUAGCGACCGCAACGCCUGCUCCACCGCAAGCGCCCACAUUACCGACUAUUCCAUUGCCACCAGCGUCGUCGGUGCCUGCGCCGCCACAAAUCCCACAACUACCGCCCAUUCACAAUCUUGGGCCUCCGGGCAUAAUGUACCGACCUCCGCCCAUGCGACCCCCACACCCGGGUGCCGCUUUCGGAAUACGCAUGCCGCCUGGACCGCCGCCAGGUGCCAGGCCACCGCAUGGCCUGGGGCCAAUGCCCCGCAUGGGCAUCAGGAUGCCACCCGGACCACCACCAGGCCUGCCCCCGCGCCUCGCCCAUCACAAUAAGCAGGGAGGCGGGGCAGGGCCGCCGAAGGAGUCAGCCAAGGGUGUGACCACCAUUACAGCCAAGCCACAAAUCAGGAAUCUGAGUGCGGAUGUCACCCGCUUUGUACCGUCCACGCUGCGAGUGAAGCGCGAGGAUCAGCGCCGUGCGACGAGGCCCAGGCACGCGGCCAACGAUGGCCACCACGCCCCCUCCGAGGCGCACAGCAAGCCGCCCACCAAGGACGACGCCUAUCUGCAGUUCAUGAACGAGAUGCAGGGCUUGCUGUAGCACUCGCAUGGAGUCGUGUAAAUUGAGUAGUCUAAGUCCUAGAUAAAACGAGUCAUCCAAACCAAUACCAAACUCGUUUCAUUGGUAGCUUCCUAUGGAAUGAGACAUUAUUUUUUUUUUGGUUUUGCUUUGUGUUCCGACUCAAAUAACGAACAUUUGUAGAGUAUAAUU